UCCAAUUAACUAACUGGCCACUACUCUCUCGGCCAUCGUCAUUGCCUGGGAGGCUGGGAGCAAGACAACUACGGCGAACUGACGCCAUGCUUGGGCGGGCGACGAGAGGAGGGCCAUCGUUGUCGACCAAGCCGCCGCCCCGCGCGGAGGGUGCCGCCCGCAGCACCACCGUCGUCACCGACGCUGGGCAGGAGGUCACUGUCUCCCAGUUCGUCGCGCAGCUAGAUGAGGCGGCGCGGCGGAGGCUGGACGGCUUGCACCAGAGGCUGAGGCUGCUGGAGCAGCAGAUGGAGACGCUGGAGGCCGAGGUCGGCAAAGCCAGCGGCGGCACUACCAUGGGCACCUACUAUACGCCUAGUUCUAGCGGCUAGCGCCUAGCUACCGGUCUGUGCCAGAUCGAUCCUCCUUUUAGUUUCUUAGCACUCUCUCGUGUACAUGGACGAUUAGCAAUACUAUACGAUGAUCGAUUAUGCAUGGUGUGUUCCUGAAA